AUGGCGAUGAUGAUGACUGGCCGUGUGCUGCUGGUGUGUGCCCUCUGCGUGCUGUGGUGCGGUGCCGGCGGUAGAUGUGCCGAAGAGAAGGCGGAUGAAUUUCUUGUCACCGAACCCGGCGGUUCUUUGAGUGGUGGUGACAGUUCACCGAAACAAUCAAGAAAUUCAUCUCCAGUACCAGGCUCCUUAGUUUCACCACCAAAACCACAAAAAGAUGACAAUUCUGAAAAUCUACAUGCAAAAGAAUCUUUGGAACCUGAAGAAGGAAUCCCGUUGAAACCCCAAGAGGGGGAAAACAAGACGCAGGUACCACAAGAUGGUGUACGGAACGGAAAUCAAUCAAUACCGCAUGAACAAUCACCAAAUCAGGCUCUACCACCACCACCACCACAUCAACCACCAUCUGUUGGAAGUGAUGCUGUUUCUCCUGGUGGUUCUUCUGUUGGUGGUAAGGAUCCUUUGGGUUCCUCUUCCUCUGGAGUUAUUUCUUCGCCUCACGGUGGUGGUGACAGGGGGACCACAGGCAGUAUUCUAUCCAAUGCUCCGAGUUCAUUCCCAAAAGGAGUUUUGCUAGCAGAAGAAGCAGAGACUGAGCACCACUCGCUGCCCAAUGAAAAUGCAGCAGAACGCGGCAACGUUGGCAGGGCCGCUGCACCGGGGAGCGAAGGUCCAUCCCCUCUGGAAGAGCGAAGGACGCAAGACGGGAAAUCAGAGGCUCACCAAACAGAAGAAUCAUCGGAGGAUCUGAAUAAACAACCACAAGGCAAUGGAAAGGUCCAAAAUGAAUCACCAAACGCAGAUACGCCACGGCUCCAGACUCCACAUGGAGGAAAACCACCAGAAACAAAAGGGAAUAACAGCCAUAACACCGAUAUAUCUACGAAUUUGCCCGAUGCGCAAGAACCAGAAUACGUGAAAGAAAACAAGAACGAAAAUCCGGCAUCCAUCCCAGAUAAAGCGCAGGGGACAUCCACUGGCAUUCAAGAAGAAGCACCGGCUUCGCAUCCAAAUGUAAGUCCUUCUCCACUUCAACAGGAAAACUUCAGUGGAAUGAAGACAACUGAAAAUGUUCAACCUCCGGAUGCUGCCGCGACAGAAAAACGCCAAACCGGCGAUAAUGAAAAGGUUGGCGACAGUGACGGCAGCACCGCUGUCUCCCACACCACCUCCCCUCUUUUGCUUCUUCUUCUUGUUGUUGCGUGUGCGGCUGCUGCUGCGGUGGUGGCCGCGUGA